AUGACACAAGGAAAUGGCCUGGCCAAUAACUUCAUGGACUUUGGCUUGUCAAGUCAUCCUACCAGUCCUGUGUCGGCAACUCCAUUUGGCAAUAACUUUGACGCUCCCAUGAUGGGCUUCAACGACAACUCAUGGAUGUACGUCGACCCUUCUGCACCCUUCCAAGGCGGAGAUAUGCUUGGAGCCAGCAAGCUUGACUUCCUUGCUGCCGCUGUGCAACACGACUUGCUCCCAGCUACGUCAGCUGUACGCAGCACUACCGAAAGUACUACCCAUGGUCACGGAGAAUCAUCAGACUCGCAGCAGCAUGUGUGCAGGUGGCAACACGCCCCGAACAUCCUCUGCCUCGCCUCCUUUCCCUCCCCCGAAGCGCUUCAUAAACACACCAAGACUGCGCACGUUGACAACUGCACGGCCUGCUUCUGCCAAUGGGAAGGCUGCGACGCCUGCUCCAAGGACUUCAAGCAGCGCUCCAAGCUCUCGCGCCACCUCCUCGGCCACGCCGGCUACCGCCCCUACGCAUGCAGUUUCCCUUCGUGUAGCAAAACCUUCGCCACCAACCAAGCCAAAGACAACCACGAGCGCACGCACACCGGCGAGCGCCCCUACGUGUGCGACCGCUGCGGCUACACCACGACCACGCACACGCAGCUCCAAACCCACAUCUCCGCGCUUCACGAGGGCAAGAAACCGCACAAAUGCCGCUUCUGCGACUUCACCUGCGCGGACUCGAGUAACCUGAGCAAACACGAGCGCACGCACCAGACGCUGCGGCCCUACCGCUGUCCACAGCCCGGAUGCACGUUUAAACCCGAUUGUCGCUGGGAGAAUCUGAAGCGCCAUUUGAGGCGCUCGGGCCAUUGUAAGGAGCUGCUGGAAGAGGGCAGUGAGCGGUACAAGGAAUAUAGGGAGGGCGUGAGGCGCGAGAUUGAGGAGUGGCAUCGGAGGGAGGGCGAGGGGGGUGGGAAGGGGAGGAGGAAGGGGAGAGCGUCAUAG